GGGCGGCCAGGGAAGGACAAGAGCAGCUGCAGGGUGUGUGGAGCCGCCUCCGAGAUGGAGAAGUUCACAGCCGCGAUGCUGCUGGGGAGUGUGGGUGACGUCUUGGGCUACGCCAACGUCUGCAGGGAGAACAGUGCUCUGGGCUCCGUCCAGGAGGAGCUGCAGAAAAUUGGGGGGCUGGACCACCUGGUGCUCUCUCCUGGAAAGUGGCCAGUGAGUGACAACACCAUCAUGCACUUGGCCACCGCCGAGGCGCUCACCACAGACUACUGGUGCCUGGACGACCUGUACCGUGAGAUGGUGAGAUGCUACGUGGAGGCCAUCGAGAAGCUUCCCGAACGUCGGCCAGACCCAGCUACCGUUGAGGGCUGCUCACUGCUGAAGCCGGAUAACUACCUCCUGGCCUGGCACACGCCCUUCAGUGAAAAGGGUUCAGGAUUUGGAGCUGCCACAAAAGCCAUGUGCAUCGGCAUGCGGUUGAAGCCGGAGCGGCUGGGGACCCUGAUUGAAGUCAGCAUCGAGUGCGGCAGAAUGACCCACAACCAUCCCACAGGCUUCCUCGGCUCCCUGUGCACGGCCCUGUUUGCCUCUUACGCAGUACAAGGAAGGCCGCUGGUGCAGUGGGGGAGAGACAUGCUGAAGGUGGUCCCGCUGGCUGAAGAGUACUGCAGGAAGACCAUCCGGCACAUGGGCAGAGUACCAGGAGCAUGGUUCUUUGAAGCCAAGUGGCAGUUUUACUUGGAGGAAAGGAAGAUCAGCGAGGACUCAGGAAAUGAAGCCACCUUUCCUGACAGCUACGAUGCAGAGGAGAGAGAGAAGACCUACAGGAAGUGGAGCUCAGAAGGCCGAGGGGGCCGGAGAGGCCACGGCCCCAUGAUAGCCUAUGACGCCCUCCUGGCGGCAGGCAGCAGCUGGACGGAACUGUGCCAGCGGGCCAUGCUCCACGGAGGUGAGAGCGGGGCCACCGGAGCCAUCGCCGGCUGCCUGUUCGGGCUGCUGCACGGGCUGGACCCGGUGCCCAGGGGCCUGUACCAGGAGCUGGAGCACAAGAACCGCCUGCAGGGCGUGGGCGCUGCCCUGCACCGCCUGUCCACAGAGGAGAAGUAAAGCUGCUGCCGCGCCGCCCAGGCCCGGGGCGCGGCCGGGGGGCUCUGCCUGCUUUCCCUCCGCUGCAGUGCCCCGCUUGCCACCCAGACCGUGGCCUGCCCUGGAGGUGGUGCUCCCUCCCCGCCCGCACUGCUGACCGCCUCUGCCGGCUGUGCUCACGCCUCCAAUACAGUCACGGUCUCCACCUGAGCAGCGGUGCUGUGUUCUGCCGCACAACCAGCGUUUGCUCCCUCACCCCACUCCUGUCCGCAGUGGUGCCCGUUAGAGAGCAGUCUCCCCCUUUCUGCUCCUGAACACAUGUUGAUGGAGGCACACCUGCCGCCACCUCAGGCUCCUGGAGAGUCCCCUCCUCCAGCAGUCAAAGGCUCCGUGUCCUCACAGGAGGCACCAGUGCUGGAGCCUCCUGGGCCUCCCCAGCCAGGUGCUUGCCACACUGGACCUCUGAGAUCAGUGCCUCUGGGAAAAAGCGGCUGAGAGGGCCAGGGCGCAGCAGCCUCCCUGUCCCUGUGUCCUCCCACAGGAGGUCCGAGCCCUGCAGCCCUGCGCCCUGCGCCCUGAGCAUCCCGGGGCACUGUGGUGCCUGAGGGGGCACUUGCUCCUGUGGCAGAGAUGACCUGGGUGUGAUUCUCUCCAAGCAGCUCAGGUGUGAGUAGAGCAGCCGGGGGGUGGGCUGGGCUCCGCGCCCCGCGGGGGCCUGUCUUGUUGGCUGUGGUGCUCCUUGCAUUGCUGUGCUCCUCUCUGAGGAGAGCCGCGCCUCUUCAGGUGAGCGCAGGCCAGGGUCCCUGCCGCUCUGCAGAGCAGCCAGGGCGGGAAGUGUCCUGGCACCAGACGCUGGCCAAGCCCAGAGGGCAGCCUGGCUCUGCGGGUGCUGUCUCCUGUGGGUAGUUUGGACGGGAUGUGGUGUCUCUGGGUCUGUCCAUCAGACAGCUGGACAAGUGGCCACUGGUGAGGGCCCCGCCUCCAGGCUUAGGGGCAUGCUGGGCUUCCUGGAGUUGCUGUAUGGCUCCCAGGUGCCUGGGCCUCCCUGUGCCCUGGUGGAGGGCCCUGCGGUGUGUGCUGGGGGUAGAGCGGCUUUUCAGCAUCGCCUGGCUCCCACAUCCAGAGGAGCGUGGGCGUGGUGAGGGACCGCGGUGACCACACUGGACAGCAGCACUGUCUGCACAGGUUGGACUUCUGAAGGGUGCUGGGACUGGCGUGCUUUCAGUCAGAAUCAGAAAGGCAGGUUUCGCCUCAGAGUGGCCUCCCUUCCCACGUCCAGCAGAGGACAGCUGUCAGGACCAGGGUGCACAAGGGUGCCCUAAGUGCAGCAAGAGCCGCAGCGAUAAGACGUCGAUGGAACACAGGCUCUGAGGAAGAAGCUCAGCCGCACGUGUGACGAGGUAGCCCGUGCCCUCCUUGGCAGCCUCCUGAUGUACGUCUCAGACCGUGCGGACGGGCUGCAGAGGGCAGCGGGUCCAGGGCACGUGGUGGGCUGCCCGCCGCAGCCUCAGGAGGCCAGCCGGAGGCCCACACGCUUCCAGCUUCUGCAGGCCAAGUUCCUGGGCACAGGCCGGGAACACCACCUCAAGAGGACCAGGGAGGUGGGCAGGCUGAUCUCCAAGGACAAGCAGGGUCCCAGCAGGAGCCUCGUGAGUGCCACCAUCAACAAGCUCCUCGAGAAGACCAAGGAGGGGGCCAGCAGCCCCGGCCAGGGGUCCCUGCCUGGUGAGAAGCCCCGCUGGGGACCCCUGGUGGGGAAGAGCACCGUGAAAAACAUCCUGAGGAAGUUCCUGGCUGCGGAGGAGAAGGAAAAGAAGGAGAAAGAAGCAGGGGAGAAGCCCCCGGCCGGCAGCCUGCAGCCACCAGGGGCCUCCUGCCGAGGAUUGUGGGCAGGAGCUCCAUCUUGUCCAAACUGCGAGAGAGAUUUGAGCAGAGCAGCUGCCUCCACUCGGAGGCCAGCCUGCUACCACUCCACAAGGAGGGGCGGAGGAGCCUGCAGAAGAAGAUGCACAGGCCAGAGCUGCGGGUGCUCCACACGGCCACCAUGGCCACCAGCUGUACCAGGACGCCCCCUGCCCGCUUUCUGGCCUGCACAGCUGAGCCAUGCCGGCCCUCAGCAUAGCCACUGUGUCUGCAGCCCCGGAGCUGGGUGUCUCACUGUGCAAAAAUCAGGCACUUGGACUCUAGGCAUGGCCAGGAGAGACACCAGCACGUCCCCAACUCAAGGGAACACCAGAGCCCAACAGGGACAAAAUGCCAGGAACAGGGGCCCUGAGCGAGGAGCCAGAGGAGAAGCAAAGCCCUUGAAGUCUCAAUUCCCCCAGGUGGCCACUCCGGGGACA